UACAGACUCACCCAGAAAGAAACCGGAAGCAGAGAAGGCAGUAGUGAACUCUUCCUACAGUGGCCUGAAGGAGCAGCGAAAUAGGCGUAGGGCAAUUUAUCAUAUUCUCACAGUCGCUAUGUCUUUUAAGAGGGACGGGGACGACUGGAGUCAGCUCAAUGUGCUCAAAAAACGGAGAGUUGGGGACUUGCUGGCUAGUUACAUCCCUGAGGAUGAGGCGCUGAUGCUGCGGGAUGGACGCUUUGCUUGUGCCAUCUGCCCCCAUCGACCAGUACUAGACACCCUGGCCAUGUUGACAGCCCACCGUGCAGGCAAGAAGCAUCUGUCCAGUCUGAAGCUUUUCUAUGGCAAAAAACAGUCAGGCAAGGGGACAGAGCAAAAUCCAAGACAGCAGAAGGAAUUGAAGACAGAAAGCAAAGCAGAGGCUCCUUUGCUAACCCAGACUCGAAUAAUCACCCAGAAUGCUCUACACAGAGCUCCCCACUAUAACAGUUGCUGCCGGAGGAAGCACAGACCAGAAGCCCCUGCUCCCUCUGUUUCCAGUUCUCCUUUGCCAACUCCAGAGGUCCAGCUCCAGAGUGCAAAGAUCAGUAAGGAACCUGAGCCUAGGGAGAGAUCAGAUGCCAAAGAGUCCUCGGCUCUCUUGGCCUCUGCACCCAUGAGCCCCACGAAACGACGAGUCCUAAACCAUUACCUUACCCUCCGAAGCUCUGGAUGGGUCCCAGAUGGACAAGGUCGAUGGAUAAAGGAUGAAAAUGUUGAGUUUGACUCUGAUGAGGAAGAGCCCCCCGAUCUUCCCUUGGAUUAAUAUUAAUAACCCCUUUCUCCAUUUGUCCUACAAAUAAACCGCAGUGGGUCCUAGGAGCACACUGAUCCUCGA